GCCUUCACAGGGUGAAGGAAAGCAGAUCCAAAUCCGAUCGGUAGGAAAAAUAAAAUCUUCCUUCUCGAAAUCGCCGGCCGCACCGUCUCCUCUCUCCCCGGCCGUCGCUGCGCCUCCUCUCUCGCUGGCGCGCCACGCCGCCCCAGCUCCGGUCGUCGUCCUCCUGGCCCCUCCGCGUCCGCGUCCCCAAGCGAGCGCUCGAGCUUUGCUUUCAAGCUCUCGCUGAGCUCCGGAGGGUAGAGAUGUCGUCCUCCUCCGCCGCCGCCUUAGCCAGAGGCAAAUCCGGAAUCUCUGCCGCUAAAUUCGAAGCGUCUAAGGGAUUGGGCGCCAAGCCGAAGCGAUCCGCCUCCGCCACCGGCAGCAGAGGGAAGACCGAGAAGAAGGUCUACUCGCUGCCAGGCCAGAAAUUCGACCCCCCUGAGGAGAGAGAGCCUCUCAGGAUAUUCUACGAGUCCUUAUCCAAGCAGAUACCCUCCAGUGAGAUGGCUGAAUUCUGAGGAUAGUCAAGUUUCCAGUCUCUGAGCAUAACCAUUGAAAUGCUCACCCCACGGUUAAACGCGGCGACGCAAAUGCCGGUGGCGAGCCCAAGGAGGCAGCCGAUGAGCAGCAGUGCCCACUCCGGCGGCGCCCAAUCCCCGAGCUCCUCCCCGACCCUCUCCCUCUGCUGCGGCGACGAUGUCGGGGACGGCUCGGAGCGAUUGAGCUGCUGCGGCGGCUGCUGGCUUCGACGCCCGGAUCCGCGCGCGGAGAGGGGGAGGUCGAGGUGCUGUAGGAGGCCGCGCACGCCGCCGCUGCUCCGCCUCGGGGAGGCGGUGACGGUGGCCCCCCGCGCGCGCGCGCCCACCCUCGCCGCAGCCGCUGUCGCCCUUGCAGCGGCGGCCGCCGCCUCGCGCACGCCCUCCCCGUCGCCGCCGCGCCACGCUCUCGCCGCUAUGGUUUCGCACGCACGCAGGGACCGACGCACGAGGUGGAGGGGACAGAUUCAACCCUAUCCUGUCCAUUCCCUCAGGGGUACAAUGGUAAUUUCAUAUUUUCUCAAACCUUUGUUUUAUUUUCUUUUGUAUUUCUUUAACACAAAAUGUGGGACCCGCCAGACAGCUGUUACAAGUGGGGGUAGACAGCCGGUUCAGAUUCAAAAGGUGGGGAUAAAACUGCAAACAAAACAGCAAUUGACUUUGAAAGUGGAGGGCAUGGAUGCAAUUGUCCCUAUAUUAUAUAGAAGGACAAGCAAAUGUAUAUAUAGACUUCUGUAGUA